AUGAAAGUGGCUUUGUCUGUGCAUGCUCUGUAUAUGAUAUUAUUGCUAUUAUCUGUACUAGUCCAUAGAUUACUGCCAUUAUAUAACAAAUACAGGAUAAUUCAGGAUAUGGCAGAAUUAAAGAAUGAAUAUAAUGAUUAUAUACAGGAAAUAUCACAAGAAACACAGAAAUUCAGAAAUUUAAAUAUUGAAAAUAUUAAAAAAAUAAGAGAAUUAGUGGUAUACAGUGAUAUAAUAGGAUGUAACAGGGUAAGAACACUGUUUAAAAAGGAGCACUCUAAUGAAAGUAUUAUAGUGAACUUUUUAUAUGAUGAAUUACUUAGAAAAAUUAACAGGCCUAAAAAAGUAUGGAUAGUCUACUCCGUUGAGUGUAAUUUAGGGAUUGUAUGUUCAUUUCUACUACCAUGUACAUUGGUUAUUCUUACUAAUAUUAAAGGACUUAUUAAAACACACUCACUCAGACACUGUUUCAUGCGGAGUAUUUAUGGUGUAUAA